AUGAGGUUGACCUCCGCCGCUACGUUGCUCGCCUGCCUGUCGUCGUGCGCCAGCGCCAGCAGCAUCGCGACGGGCGAGGCCCAGGCGGGCCAGCAGCCGCGCGAGGACCGCACCGCAGCUGCGGGCAGCAGCUUGCCUCCCGGCUUGGGCUUCCUCCGGGUGCUGGGCGGCGAGUGCCGCUCGUGCCUCAAAGAGUGCCUGGGGACGCAGGCAACGGCGCUGCAGCAGGCGUCGCUGCGGUGGCAGGCUCCCAUCUCGCUCGUCACCUGGCGCGCACGCACGCCGCCCGCUCCGCCCUCCCCUCUGUCGCCAAACGAGGGUCGCACUGCGCGGCAGGUGGUGUACAACGCGCUCAAGGUGCACCCGGCCGUGUGGGGCUCGCUCGCCGCGGGGGGCUACAUGAGCUGUAGCAGCCAGUGCGAUGCCGAGUGCCCCUUCCCCGGCCAGCGCUACGACCCGAGCGGGCCUGCGAUGCGCGAGCUCGAGGAGAUCGACGCGGCUGACACGAGCUGGCUGAUGCGACUCUACCGCCAGGGCGGCUCGCGAGGAGGCGGGUCGAGGGGAGGGAUCCAGGACACGCUCGGGACGCUCUUCCAGCUCUGA